AAGUCUUACUUGUGAAAGUGACCCCUGCUUGGUGGUUGUACGGCGAAAAUUCACCGCCCUGACGACAAGGAAAUGUUUUCGUAUGGAGUCGCUGUCCGUGCCAUGUCAGGCGGGGAUCGAAUGACAGCAUGACGUCUCGCCUUCUGCUGCGAAGUUGCUCUAUUUAAAAUGGCCCGAGCCCCGCGUUCCGGAGUUUAGCCCAGGGCAAAUCGUUAUUGGAUAUUCAAUAUGAGUUGCUGGAUACAAAACAGUUACAGCCCACUCUUCAACGAUGCCUUUGAGGUAAUCCAUCACCAUCAGGCUCAACACUUUCGCCAGGACCCGGGUCUCCAAUACCUGCCAAGUCCUCCACACUCAGCAUAUAACCUCCAACAGCAUCAGGAGAUGGGUUCUGGACCUUAUCACACUCUUGAUAUCCAACCCCAGCACCUCCAGGACAUGGUGGAUUUCAACAUGGACAGCAACAAGUUAAUGUAUGAGAAUGGGAUCCAGGUUCCAAACUAUUACCCAGAGAGCCAUAUUCCAGAUUUCUUCAUGCCAAGGCAAGGGAAAGGCAGGAAGAGGCUUCGCCUCUACGAGUUCUUGAGCGAAUCCCUGCGAGACGCUGAGAUGUCCGACUGCAUUCAGUGGGUGGACAAGAAAAGCGGCGUCUUCCAGUUCAUCUCCAAGAACAAGGAGAAGGUGGCAGAGAUGUGGGGUCGGAGGAAGGGCAAUCGCAAGACCAUGACCUAUCAGAAAAUGGCCCGCGCCCUUCGGAACUACAGCCGUACCGGGGAGAUUGUCAAAGUCCGCAGAAAGCUCACCUAUCGCUUCGAUGCGCAGGUCCUGCAGAGGCUGGGAGGGGUGCCGAACUCCCCCUAUCCCCACACCGAUCACUCGCACUAUAGCUGUGACCGCUGGCACUUCAAUUACAGCUAUAACGAAUUGUUACAGGAGAGCACCAUAUGCUGCCUGACAUGCUGGGUGUUUUUGAUAUUUGCUAUUUCUCUGCCAAUAAAAAAUUCCCUAUUUUAUACAAUUUGUGUCGUGACUCACGUUAAAUGUCUUAAAGCACAGGUUCGUGUUGUGUACAGUUUUGGUUACCCUGUCAUAGGAAAGACUUUAAUUUUUUUUUAAGUUGGGAAGAUUGCAGUAAAGAUUUACAAUGAGUUUGCUGGGUUUUGAGGGCUUGAGUUAUAGGGAGAAGUUGGGCAGGCUGGGACUUUAUCCUUGGAGUGUAGAAGAUUUUGAGGGAUGGUCUUAUAAGGGACAUAGAUAUGGUGAAUACGUACAGUCUUAUUCCCAGGGAAAGGGAAUCUAAACCUCAGGAGAUAUAGAGUGACAAAGUCAUAGAACUUCACAGACCUCCAGGACAUCUAGUCAAUGCUGAACUAUCAUUCUGCCUAGUCCCAUCUACUGGCACCCGGACAAUAGACCCCAUACCCUCCAGUCAAUGUCAUUGGGGUGCCAAGGCAGCAUAGCGAUCAGCACAACACUAUUACAGCUUGCACGUUCCAGAGUUCAGAGUUCAAUUCUGACAUCCUCUGUAAGAAAUUUGUACAUUCCUUUCCUUGAGCACCUGGGUUUCCUCCGGGUGCUCCCGUUUGCACCCACAGUCCAAAGACGAACUGGUUAUUAGGUUAAUUGGUCAUUGUGAAUUGUCCCAUGAUUAGGUUAGGGUUAAAUAGGUGGGUUGCUGGACGGAAUGGCUCAGUGGCCCAGGAGGACCUGCUCCACACUGCAUAUCUAAAUAAUUAAUAAAUGCCUAUCUAAACUAGCUUCCAGCAGAUCCUUUGAUGCUCCCAAUUCCAACAUCCACAGUAUCUCCAAAAUCAGAAAAAAAUGGGAUGAGCAGAAAGAGUCAGAAUGGA